GAGUGCAGUUAUUCCUCUGAAACACGGCCUGAACUACGAGAUUCUGGAGAAAGGUCACGUGCGUUUCUGGCUGCAGGCCGUCAAACUGUCCCCCUCCGUGUCCUACAGGUUCAUCGUCAACGACAAGGAGGUCACCAGUGGAGAGGGUCACAAGAUCAGUCACGACGUGGCCACAGGAAUCAUCCAGAUGACCGUGGAUCUUUUCACCAGAGCCAACGAGGGCACGUACACCGUCCAGAUCCACGACGGCAAAGCCAAGGCCCAGAGCUCCCUGGUCCUGGUGGGGGACGUUUUCAAGGCUGCUCUGAAGGAGGCUGAGUUUCAGAGGAAAGAGCACAUCAGGAAGCAAGGUCCUCACUUCUCUGAGUAUCUGUACUUCACUGUCACUGAGGAUUGUACUGUGCUGCUCGCCUGCAAGGUGGCCAACGUGAAGAAGGAGACGACUUUCCACUGGUACAGAGAGGAGGAGGAGAUUGUUCCAGAAACUCCUCCCAACGUCAUGUCGGGAGCCUGCGCUCUUCCCAUCCCUCUGUUCUCCAGAAAAGAUCAGGGCGUGUUCAAGGCCACGCUCAGCGACGACAGAGGAAAGGACACGUCUGCCUUCGACAUUUCAGGCCAAGUGUUUGAUGACAUCAUCAACGCCCUCGCUCAGAACGCUGGUGCGUCUGCCUCUGAGCUGGUGAUGCAGUGUACUCCAGAGGGCAUCAGGCUGCAGUGCUACAUGAACUACUACACAGAGGAGAUGAAGACCGUCUGGAAACACAAGGAGACAAAGAUCGCCUCCUCUGAGAAGAUGAGGAUCGGUGGAACAGCGGAGAUGGCCUGGAUGCAGAUCUGCGAUCCGUCCGACAAAGAGAAGGGUCACUACUCCAUCGAGAUCUCCGACGGCGUGAAGACUCACUCCAGGACCUUUGACCUCUCUGGACAAGCCUACACUGACGCCUAUGAGGAGUACCUGAGACUGAAGGCCGCUGCCUUCGCUGAGAAGAACCGCGGCAGAGUGGUUGGUGGUCUGCCGGACGUGGUCACCAUCAUGGAGCACAAGUCCCUGAGUCUGACCUGCACCGUGUGGGGCGAGCCGACCCCUGAGGUCACCUGGUUCAAGAACGAGCAGGAAGUCACCUCCACCGAACACACCAAGGUCACGUUUGACGGCGGCAAGUUCUCCAGCCUAGUCAUCAACAAAGUCACCCCCGAAGACUCCGGCAAGUACAGCAUCAACGUGCGGAACAAGUACGGCGGCGAGUUCGUCGAGAUCACCGUCAGCGUCUACAAGCACGGCGAGCAGAUCCCCGAGGCCAAACUGGGUCAGGCCAAAAUGGCCACGCCCGCGACCACGCCUGUGCCGCCCAAGUCCCCGGCUCUCCCCUCCAAGACCCCAACCCCCACACCUUCCAAGUCCCAGACCCCGGCGCCGCCCGCGAAGACCCCAACUCCAGCCUCCACCCCAGCGCCGUCCAUGAAGAGUCAAGCCUCCACCCCUGCUUCCACCCCCGUCCCCAAGUCCCCAACCCCUACCCCAAAAUCCCCGACCCCAACUCCUCGCGGCGUCAAGUCCCCGACCCCUCCCAGAUUCAUGAAGUCUCCGACCCCACCGAGGAAGUAGAGGUGGAGCUGACGUCUGAGGGGGAAACGUCCGCCGUUAGCAACGCUGGUGUUUAGCAUGAGUGUGAAAGUUAUUUAGACGUAGUCUCUGUUAAAAGUCCCACUUCCUGCACGGCCGCACCGGACGACGACUGUCCGAGAACCGGCCGCCGACUCGUUCUUAUUGUGUUACUUUUCAAAACCUAGUUUCACAGUAAAAUAAAACAGACCCACAAAAAAGGGACAAGUUGCAACGACUACUAAUAUAUUUGUCCGUCUCAGCUCGUUCACGUCGUUGAUCUGGUCGCUGCGCUUUGACUCGGGCGGGAAAAAGCAGAAAAGUCAGAAAAAUAAAAAGACCAGGGUCGAUGUUAAUGUUCCGUGUUUCUAAAAAGCUGCACCUUCCGCUCUGUUAGCGGAACGCCUGUGUUAACUCUCUUCGUGGUUGUUUAAAUGUUAAAUCCUGGUUUUGGCUCAUGGUGAUAAAUAUGAGAUCUGGAAACACGGUGACGAGAGAAAUGACGUAAACAUCUGGUUCAGGGCCGAUAACCAGUGACCUCUGAAUGAACUGGAUUGAAUCAUCGGACGAACCCGUCGUCUCGUCUCUAAUUGAGUUUCUCACGUUAUCGUAGCGACGUCACCGUCUCCGAUCUCAGCUGUUCAAUCCUGGCGAGCGUUUUCACGAGUCAGACUCAAACUGUUGGAAACUGUCAGCGUGUAAGUGACGUUUGUCUCAGGUGACUUUCUUUGUUUAAAAUGUGUGAAGGUAAAAUAUUCACUUCCUGACAGAGAGGUCUGAUACAUGUUUGUGCCCCCCCCCUCCCCCCCUCCCCCCAGUGCUUUGUGAUGGCAAUAAACUUCACUUAUCAACCUCA